GCUUCAUCUUCAUUCCAAAUUUCUUGUGGCCAGCUGAUUUUUUUGUUCAGGUUCAGGUUGAUCGUGCAGCCAUAUUGGUUUGAAUUUGUUUGAUUAUUUCGUUUGAACAUUUCAAGCUGAAAUUUAUAAAUCAUUUUAAGAAAAAAGUAAAAAUCAUUGGUUUCGACAGUUGCUGACCUAAAGUGUUUCGUGAGUGGUUGCUAAUGUCAGUGUCGGCCACAGAGGGAAGCUUCAAAGGCCAUUUUCCUGGGCUUUGAAGCUUUCACCUGCCAGCCCUCUGUCUUUCAUGGAACUAUGAGCCUAGACUCACUGUCACUGGCGCUGACACAGAUCCAAUACCUGGUCAACAGCCUCAACAAAAAGAACUAUCUUCAAUCUAGAAAUAGCAUUGAAGAAUUAGUUACCAUUUAUGGUAUUGAAGCUGAAAGACAUCUUCUUUGUUGCUGUCUUGCUGGAGUUGACUUUGUGGGGUUAGGAAACGGUGAAAGUUCAUCAUCUGUCAAGUCAAAUAACCCAGGCAAGGAGAAGGAAAGAGAGCAGCUUCUGGCUGAUUUUUUUGGACAUUGCAUCACCCAGCCAGCAUUCCCUAGUCUUUUGAAUAGUGCCCUUGAACAGCCAUUGAGAAGCAACUUUACUAGAAGUGUUCAACAACAAUUCAAAAGCAAUUCGGCAGUUAUCAGCAAUUUCUGUCGGUUUUUGCGACUGUCACGCAGCCAAGAGGUGGUUCUUAGGAUUGCUCUUUUAGAAACAUUCAACCCUGAAGCGCGUUCACAGUCUAUACUAAUUAUUCGCCAGAAACUUAGUGAACUAUUGAAAAAUUUUGCUGAUCAAGAUAGGAAUACUGUCCCGUUGGAAGGAGGACUACAGGAAUCGUCUCCUGAAGUCAUUCACUACAUUCUUAGUCGAUUGAUCAACGAGCCGGAUACAUUUGGAAUAAGCAAAGACCUUUUAGAGGACGUAUUGAGCUGCUUGCGCCGUGACUAUCCUCGUGAAUUGGUCCCUGUGAUUUUAGCCCCAAUCCUUUACAAGGAGCAAGGGGUAGACUACACUUGUCAUAAGAUGGCACACGAAACUAACAGUUUGACCAAGAAUAUGGUCGAAACAUCAUUGGCCGAUUUGAUCCUUGAAACUGGAUACCCAUUCACAUCAAGUCUCGAAGAAUGCCGUGCAAAUAUCACGACCUUCGGUUUUCGCGAAUUGUCUCCCACAUCGGUAGCUCGUGCAAUAAUCUACAUGGUUCGCACGCACAGCGGAUUGGACGAACAUUCAUUAAGACACUUGAGAAAUGGUACAUCACAAUCAUGGCCUGAGCAAGAAAGCUCAGGAGAUAAAAGCGACGAAGGCCUUCCUACCUCAUGGAACAUGGAAAUAUUUGUCCAGGUUGUUACGGAGCUGGUGCCAAGUUUAAACUGGAAAGAAAUUGUUUCAGAAUUGGAUCACCCUAGUUUCCUCAUAAGAGAUAGAGCAGGAUUGCGCCUUCUCCUGACGGCCCUACAAUUGGGCCUGCAAACACAGGGCGCAACUUUCCCAGCUGAGUUGCUGUAUCAAUCAUGGAACAACGCUGAAGCUCAGCUAUCGCUGCUUUCGCAAUUAAUGAGGAAUACGGAUCUCUUUUGCAUUGCCGACUAUCCACACCACGCCAUUAAUGUCGAAAUUCUGAAAUCACCCCCUGAACCUGAUAACAAGAAGCUUGCCAGUUGGAAAUGCCUGGGAUUGCUUGAAACUCUUCUCAACUUAUUGGAAAACGGCGGGCUUUACAGCCAGGUGCAAGAAUUGCUUAAGGAGCCUGUUCAACACUGUCCUGAUGUUUUAGUCCUUGGGCUUCUUCAACUGACACAACCAAUGACUAAACUCAGACAAGAAUUGCUCAGCAGUCUUAUUCCUGUUUUUUUGGGCAAUCAUCCAAACUCUGCCAUCAUUCUACACCAUGUCUGGCAUGCACAGUCACCUCUGGUCAAACCUCUGGUUAUGCACGCUAUGGCUGAGUGGUACAUGAGAGCUGAACACGAUCAAGCGCGGUUAUCAAGAAUUCUCGAUGUAGCCCAGGACCUAAAGGCUCUAUCUAUGCUACUAAAUGUGCAGCGCUUCCCUUUUGUCAUCGAUCUCUCGUGUCUAGCAUCGCGCCGUGAAUAUCUCAAACUCGACAAAUGGCUGACAGACAAAAUGCGUGAACAUGGGGAAACCUUCGUUGCAGCAUGCGUUAACUUUCUACACCAGAGAUGUCCUCAAAUCUCCGGGAAAGUUAAAGAAGAAGCUGGUCUAAAGCCCACUCAACUUCCCUCGGACACACUAGCAAUCAUGUUGUCUUGCCUGCAGGUUUGGACUGGAAAUGUGUCUCAAGAACUAUCUGAUACUAUAAAUACAAUGGUUGCGAAUUGCAACGUCCUGAAUCGUGCCCGAGCGCAACCCCCACCUGGCGUCUUGAAACCUAUCCGUCCUGGCAGUGGAGUUGGAGUUGACGUUUCAUUUCCACCAGGAACCUUAAGCAGCCAACUAUUUCCGCCUCCUGGAGUUGACUCAACUGGUCUUUCGCCCAGCCUAAGUAGCAUGGGUCUAGGUCCACCAACUUCAUCUGGAUUUGCUGUUAAUAUUGGGUCCAAUACACUCGGAGGAAAUACUCCAGCCCCCGGAUCACCUGGAAAAUUGUUCUCUAGCAUGUCUUUGCUAGAAACUGGAGUCAAUCAGCCAACGGUUGUGGGGAUGCCAAACAAUUCCAACUCGAGUCAGAACCAAAGUACUUUCUCCAUUUUUACUUCAUUAACUGGAACUGGAGCAAUGCCUGGAUCAUCCAGUACAAAUCCACUGGGCAUAGGUAUUCCAUCUUCUAUGGCGAGUGGAAGCGGGAACGGUCAAUCAAGUAUGGGUACGAGCAAUAUUGGAUCUGGUACGGCUGGUUCUCCUGGAUCGAUUGUCAACGGCCCUGUUCGAGUAGGAAUGAAUCCUCACCUAGGCCAAGAACGAAGAACCGGGGAUGUAUCUAGUGCUUUUGCUGACAUGCCACAAGCUGUUUCAAAAGAUAUCGAAGACGAGACAAAUAGUUAUUUCCAACGGAUUUACAACCAAUCGCCUUCAACGCCUACCUUGACAGUCGAUGAAGUUCUUGAACUUUUGAAGAAGUUUCAACAUUCGACUAACCGUCGUGAACGGGAGAUAUUUGACUGCAUGUUGAGGAAUCUAUUCGAAGAGUAUCGUUUCUUCCCUCAGUAUCCAGAUCGCGAGCUGCACAUAACGGCUCAGUUAUUUGGUGGAAUCAUGGAGCAUGGUCUCGUCACCUACAUGGCUCUGGGAGUGGCACUACGUUACGUACUUGAAGCUGUCCGGAAACCACACGGGACGAAGAUGUACUAUUUUGGGAUCACUGCCUUGGAUCGGUUCAGACAUAGAUUGAAGGAAUAUCCGCAAUAUUGUCAGCAUUUGGCCAGCAUUCCGCAUUUUCGAGAGUUUCCGCCGCAUCUAAUCGAGUACAUCGAUAAUGGCUCCCGUGGCGUCGAGCCACCCAAUCGUCCUCAUGGUCCAGUCUUACCUCAAGUGACGACAGCUGCCAAAACCACUACUCCGACAACGCCAACUACAACAGUUGCUGGUAAAACGACCUCUACUGCUGCACCUAUGAGUGGUCGACCGUCAAUAGCAAACGCGACCAACAUCGACACAUUGCUGGUUGCUUCGGAGAAAGACGUCUUAAUUGUAGACCCACCAGAGAGCGUCCAAGACAAAGUCAGCUUCAUAUUUAAUAAUCUGAGUCAAUUAAACCUGACGCCAAAGUGCGAAGAAUUGCGUGACAUUGUGGGUGAAGAACACUGGUCUUGGGUAGCCCAGUAUCUGGUGAUGAAAAGAGCUUCAAUUGAACCAAAUUUUCACACACUCUAUUCAAACUUCCUUGACACACUGAAGCUAUCCGAGCUCAGUCGACUUGUCAUUGGUGAGACGUUCCGCAAUAUCAAGGUACUCCUUCGUAGUGACAAGGGAAUAGCAAAUUUCUCAGAUCGCACACUGUUGAAAAAUCUUGGUCAUUGGCUUGGACUUUUGAUGCUAUCUAAAAACCGGCCGAUUCUACAGGGAGAUAUUGAUUUGAAAUCAAUUCUAGUCGAAGCGUAUCAUAAAGGGCAACAAGAACUUCUGUACGUCGUACCAUUCGUGGCGAAAGUCUUAGAGUCAUGUGCUAAGAGCAAAGUGUUCAAACCACCCAAUCCAUGGACCCUAGGAAUCAUGAAUGUUUUGGCAGAACUACAUCAGGAGCCUGACUUGAAGCUUAAUCUUAAAUUUGAAGUCGAAGUUCUUUGCAAAACUCUAGCCAUUGAUAUUCACGAUCUUAAGCCUGGAGUAGUCUUCAAGGAUCACAAUCGUCUGUCACGUUUGGAACCGCAGUUGUCCCAGCCGCAAUUACAGCAAAUGUAUCAACCAGCACCACAAUUGCAAAUCAUUCAGCAGCAGCAGCAGCAGCAACUUCAACAGCAGCAACAACAGCAGCAGCAACAACAACAACAACAGCAGCAGCAACAACAACAACAACAACAGCAGCAGCAGCAGCAACAACAACAGCAGCAGCAGCAGCAGCCACCACCACCACCGCCACAACUUGCUGGCUCACCUGCGCAACAAAUGCAAUCCCAGCCUGGCACAACUACUCCAACACCAGCUCACGCAAUUCAAGGCCCUCCUGAUCCGAGGUUUUCUUAUUUGGACAUCAAUGUCACUUCGUUGGCCGGACUAGCUCAGCAUCUAGUAGUUAAUAAUAACAUACCGCUGUUGACGGCGCAUCCGAAUUUAAGGAUCCUUAUCCGACCAGCUGUUGAACGAGCUGUUCAAGAGUGUAUUCAUCCAGUUGUUGAUUGGUCUAUGAAAAUAGCCUUGACCACUUGCGAGCAAAUCAUAAAGAAAGACUUUUCACUCGACGCGGAUGACACCCGCAUGCGCGCUGCUGCUCAUCACAUGGUUCGCAGUCUCAGUGCAGGCACGGCAUUGAUUCGCUGCCGAGAUCAUUUGCUAUUGACGAUUGCAAAUAAUCUCAAGACAGCAUUUUCUGCUGCCUUGCAGAGGAGCACCAGCCCUCAACAGAAGGAGUUGGUUGAACAAGCAGCCACUUUGACCGCUCAAGAUAACGUUGAACCAGCGUGUGCGUUUAUCCAAAAGACGGCCGUAGAGAAAUCCAUUUCGGAAAUCGAUAAACGCCUUGCCACGGAAUUCGAUUUACGCAAGCACGCUCGAAACGAAGGCAGGAGAUACUACGACCCCGCUGUUUUCGCCUAUCAGGCUGAUCGGAUGCCGGAACCCAUUCGUUUGAAAAUGAGUGGCGUUACACCCCAACAAGCUGCCGUAUAUGAGGAGUUUGCCCGAUACAUCCCUGGAUUCUUACCUGUCACCGAACGAGAUGCAGCCAUGCUUGUGCCUAAGAUGAUCCCCACGUUUACCAACGAUGAAAUUGGGGUCAUUUUGGAAAAAGUCGCCAUGGAAUUGGAGCGUUUCUUGCAAUCACUGUUGCCAUUGGGCAGCUCAACACAAGCAGUUGCGAUUGGUUCCCUAUUGGAAGCUGUCAUUUUGGCUCGUUCUUCACGUGAACACGGAGCACAUAUUACUUUACUUCAAAAAGCUUUUGAAGGACUGGUGGAGAGCCUGACUAGUUUCGCUACGACCGGAAAUGAUCCGGAAGCCGUCGUCCGUUUCCGCGACGCACAUUUGCUGGUUUUGAAAGCCUUGCAAGAUCCCCAGGCUUAUGGACCUCAAUGGACUAAUCGUCAGGUGACGCGAUGCUGGGCCGAAUGUCGAGAAGAGUUUCGAUACAAUCUCGAUAUUCUUGACUGCCUUGUGCGAGCUCAUCUCAUAAACUUGCAGCAAUUUGACAUGCAACUAGCUUCUGUGUUAGAGCAAGCCCUUAAUGCUGGCAUUGGAUCUUCUAUAUUAGCACUUGGCUUUGCUAUGCAAUUGGUGCAUGUCUAUCUUCUCGAGGGACCCGCGUCUGGCGCUCCCGUGGUCAUCACUGAAAACGACUUGGCGAACACAAUUGAAAUUUUGACACGUAUCGCUGCUCACGCUAGGCAACCCCCAGAUGGUCUAGCAACUAUUUUGGAAUUGCUACGAGCUGGCCAUGAGACCGGUCUAAUGGAUCGUGCCACUGGCGGUCCAGGUGGACCAACGGCUUUGAUUCAUUCUGGAAUUGCUCAGGCACGCGAUUAUGACGAUCCCCAUGGAUUGCCCGAAAAGACCGAAUACCUUCUGCAGGAGUGGGUAGCUAUGUAUCAUCUACCUAACGCUGGACGGGAUUCGUCUAAAGCUUUUGGUCACUUCGUCACCCAAAUGAGUCUACACGGAGUGUUGAAAACCGAUGAUUUGAUCACACGCUUUUUCCGACUGUGCACUCAAUUUUGCGUUGAUAUCUCAUAUCGAGCAUUGGCUUCCGAACCGACUGCCGACCUGAUCCGCAGUAAAGCGUUUCACACUCUGGAUGCUUAUGUCCGAUUAAUUGCUUUACUCAUUAAGCACUCUGGUGACGCAAACAACGGCGUUACAAAAGUAAAUCUCCUCAACAAAGUUUUAGGGAUCGUUGCAGGAGUUCUGCUACAAGAUCAAGAAGUUCGCGGUGCGGAAUUCCAGCAAUUGGCUUAUCAUCGUAUCCUCAUAAUGUUGUUUCUUGAGUUAAAUGCGCCCGAACAAGUACUUGAUUCCAUCAAUUUCCAAGUUUUGACGGCUUUCUGUCAUACACUGCACAUUCUGAGACCAGCGAAGGCCCCAGGCUUUGCGUAUGCCUGGCUAGAAAUUGUUUCGCAUAGGGUUUUCAUUGGGCGAUUGCUGUCGAUUACUCCCCAACAGAAAGGAUGGGGGAUGUAUGCUCAACUGUUGAUCGACUUAUUCAAGUUUUUGGCCCCAUUUCUACGGAACGCCGAACUGAGCAAGCCCGUCUCAAUGUUAUACAAAGGAACACUGCGCGUCCUGCUGGUUUUGUUGCAUGACUUUCCCGAAUUCCUUUGCGACUAUCAUUAUGGAUUCUGUGAUGUGAUUCCUCCCAAUUGCAUUCAAAUGAGAAAUUUGAUUUUGUCGGCGUUCCCACGCAAUAUGCGUCUGCCUGAUCCAUUCACGCCCAAUCUCAAAGUGGACAUGUUACCGGAAAUCAGUCACGCUCCACGUGUACUGACUCAUUUCGCAGCAAUGAUCCAGCCGCCUACGCUCAAAAAGGAUUUGGACUCGUACCUGAAAACGCGCGGACCAGUUACGUUUCUUUCGGAGUUACGAAGUGUAGUUCAGGUUCACGUUUCUUCGAUUAAUCUUCACGUUUCACCUGAACCUGGAAUGCACUAUAAUUUGCCCUUGCUGAACGCAUUGGUCUUGUACGUUGGCACCCAGGCCAUACAAUCGAUACAGACCAAAGGAUUAUCUCCGUCAAUGGCGACUAUUGGCCACUCUUCUUACAUGGAUAUCUUCCAGAGUUUAGCCGUCAACCUUGACACGGAAGGGCGUUACUUGUUCAUCAACGCCAUUGCUAAUCAAUUGCGCUAUCCUAAUAGCCACACGCACUACUUCAGCUGCGUUCUGCUUUGCCUUUUCGCAGAAGCAAAUUCUGAGGCGAUUCAAGAACAAAUUACUAGGGUCCUGCUGGAGAGGCUCAUUGUCAAUCGACCGCACCCAUGGGGAUUACUCAUUACAUUCAUUGAAUUGAUAAAGAACCCUGUUUUCAAAUUUUGGAAUCACGAAUUCGUCCACUGCGCCCCGGAAAUCGAAAAACUUUUUGAAUCGGUGGCUCGAUCAUGCAUGGUGGUCCAAAAACAAACUCCUCGGGAUGCAGAAAACCACGAUUGAUUAAUUGAGUUCACCGACUACUUAUGUACAGUUUGUGCGUGUGCUCAUCUUCUCAACCAAUGUUUGUUUGGAUUUUUCCUACACCCUUUGGCGGUGCGUGGUGAAUUGUGUCAGAACAUGUCCAUUUAGUUUUUUUGAACGAAUGUAUUAUUCUUUUCUCUUUAUUUGAACCCCCAGUUUUCGCUCAUUUUCUCCUUCUUUCUUUGGUAUCGAGUUCAUCUUUCUCGCUUUCCCCCCUCGGGUCUGCAUUCACUGUGGGUUUUCCAUGUAGUAAUGUUCACUUUUAAUAAUACACACGAAGCAAAUGGA